UAUUCCAUUGAAAAUGUAAAAGCCAAGAUCCAAGAAAGAGAAGGUAUCCCACCAGACCAUCGACAUCUGAUCUUUGCCGAUAAGCAACUUAAAGACGGACAUACUCUUUCCAAUUACAACAUUAAAAACGAAUCUACUCUUUACGUGGUGUUUCGUCUCCUUGGUGGUAUGCAAAUCUUCGUAAAGAAGACCAUUACAUUGGAAGUGGAAUCAUCUGAUUCCAUUGAAAAUGUUAUGGCCAUAAUCCAAGACAAAGAAGGUAUCCCACCAAACCAACAACUUUUGAUCUUUGCCAGUAAUCAACUUGAAGAAAGGUGCACACUUUCUAACUACAACAUACACAAUGGAUCUACCCUUCACUUGGUGCAGCGUCACCGUGGCUGA